AUGUCUUGCGCGGCAAAGUCGCCGUAUUCACCUUACUCACCCUUCGGCUUAGCGACACGGGGAAAGGCAUGCCGCGAUUAUCGUAAUUACGAUUUCCAUGAAUCUGACAGAAGAUACAGCGAUCGCCAUGACGAUUUUGGCAAAAAGAGGCUUCGUGUUUGGUCACCAAAAGGCUACCGUGGUCCGUUCUGUGGUUCGUUCUAG